AUGCCAAAAUCAGUCCUCUCAUCAAUCACUGAUACCGUCAAUCUCCUCCUAAAUACCCCAAUUGUCCCUCCGCUACCCAAACAAAUAAAGGAUGUCGCACUCACCGAGCUGCCUCAUUCAACACCUCGACGACAUGCGGAAGCACUGGAGCUGGAGAGAUCUCGUAGUGUAGAUUUGGCAGCUGGAGAUAGUAUCUUCCUACAGGGGAUGUCAGACGAAAGCAGACGUACAAGCACUCAGAGUCGUGAAAGCAGUGAUCAGUCUGCAAGAGACGAUGUACCUACUGGGAUGGCGGCGCCAGCUGAGGAAUUAGAGCACGACCUGCAUCUAGCACUGGAUGCUGAGCGUGUAUUGAGCCAGGCAGAAACCUAG